AUGAAGUUAACGAAACGUCCUCACCGGCUUUUAAUGCUGUUGUUUUUCACCGGUCUACUGUUCUCAGUGGCUGUAUCUGCGGCAGAAUGCAGCAAGACGAAACUCUGCGCAACUGGUUGUUGUAGUAGUGCAGGCUACUGCGGUACUACAACCGACCAUUGCGGCAAGGGCUGUCUGAGCACUUGCGACUUCAAGCUAGAGUGCGACAAGAGCAACCCGUGCAAAGGAAAUGCAUGCUGUUCCAAGUAUGGUCAUUGUGGACUAGGCCCAGACUUUUGUGGAAAGGAUUGCGUUGCUGGCUGUGAUGCCAAGGGUGAGUGUGAUCCGGGCGACUUUGGCUCAAAGUUCGCCAACCAUACCAAGUGUCCACUCAACGUCUGCUGUUCGAAGCAUGGUUACUGCGGUACUACCAAGGAUUUCUGCGGAAAAAAGACCGUCAAUCGUCCAUCCUGCUCUGCAAGGGGCCCCAUGCGAAGAGUAGUCGGAUAUAUCGAAGGAUGGGCUUCUACACGAUCCUGCGACAGCUUCAGGCCCUCCAACAUCCCCGACGGCGUCUACACUCACAUCAACUUUGCCUUUGCCAGCAUCGACCCAAAGACCUUCCAGAUCGUACCAGCAUCCAGCAAAGAUCCAGCUUUAUACCGCGAAUUGACGCGCAAGAAGAAGAUCGACCCCAAGUUGAAGGUCUUUAUUGCCAUUGGCGGUUGGGCCUUCAAUGACCCAGGCCCGACCGUUACAACCUUCUCUGACAUUGCUCGUUCUGAUGCAAACCAGAGAACCUUUAUCAAGUCGCUCAUCUCGUUCAUGGCUACCUAUGGCUUUGAUGGUGUCGAUAUUGAUUGGGAAUACCCGGCUGCCGAUGAUCGCGAGGGACGAGAGGAAGACUUUGUUAAUCUUCCCAAGUUCCUGAGCAACAUCAAGAGCGCCCUCAAGCAGAGCGGAGAGCGUAACGGUCUCAGCAUCGCAAUCCCUGCUUCCUACUGGUAUCUUCAGCACUUUGACCUUGAGAAGAUUUCCAAGUAUGUCGACCACUUCAACGUCAUGUCGUAUGACUUCCAUGGUGCUUGGGAUACUCCCAAGUCAUGGCUUGGCAACCAUCUGAACUCUCAUACCAACCUGACUGAGAUCAAGGAGGCUUUUGAUCUGCUCUGGCGUAACGAUGUCGAUCCCGAUCAAGUCAACAUGGGACUGGCAUUCUAUGCACGCACCUUUACUGCGUCCAGCAGUGGCUGCAUGUCCCCGGGUUGUCUCUUUGAUGCGGGAGGUCCUGCAGAGCCCUGUACUGACGCUGUCGGCGUCAUGUCCAACCCUGAGAUCAUGCGUAAGCUGGGGGGCAAGAUUGGAUCAGGCGAUCUGGACAAGGCUGCCGCUAUCAAGACUCUCAAGUUUGGCACUACAUGGCUGACUUACGAUGAUGUUGACACCUGGAAGCUCAAGCUAGACUUUGCUCGCAGUCAGUGUCUUGGGGGAGCCAUGGUCUGGGCCAUCAGCCAAGACACUUCUGACGGCAAGUUCUCGAAGCAACUGCAGGAGGCAACAGGAUACAAGUCCAAGGGCGUCACCACAUUCAACAGCACCAAGUCUUUUGGAGGUGGUGUCUUUAUUGAGACCACAGAGAGCGAAGCCAAUGCCGAUGUUAGCGACGAACAAUGCCGAUGGACAAACUGCGGAGAAACAUGUCCAAGCACAUGGUCAACAGUCCCAAGGCAGGAUCCCUACCGAACCAGCUCCAAGGAGAUCAUGCUGGACGCAACCGGCUGCAAUGGUAAUGGGAUACGGACAUUCUGCUGUCCAGAAGGUAAACAGCCCUUUUGUCAGUGGCUUUUCCACAACAAUGGAGCCUGCAAACCUGGAUGUCCGUACGAUGAUAUGGUCGAGGUGGCGUCACUUAAACUCACAUGCGAUAGCGGCAAAGCCCAAGUCGCCUGCUGUAGAGGCGACACGAAGGCUCUGGAUGUCUAUCGUCAGUACAAAUGGUAUGGCAAGGAGUCUGAGUGCGCUACCGAUCUUGGCGAAAAGGAGUGCGGAUGGAGCAGCAAGUUCAAUUCACCACUUGUUUCGAGCUGGAGCGGUAGUGGGGCCCAAGUCUGCUAUGACAGCAAGGGCAAGGAGCGAGAAAGGCCACUCUGCGAAGACGCCAGAGACGAGACCAAGCCUCACUUCGCCAACUGCAUAUGGUCGGAUGACUACUUCGUGGGUCGCACAGAUACUGUCUCGACGGGUACAUGCAACAGCAACUGUCCCAAAGGCAUGGUCAAGGUGGCUCUCCAGUCCAAGAACAACAGGUGCGGCAAGGGCACUUCGGCCUAUUGUUGCGACGUCACUGCGACUUACGACUUGACUGAUGUCGGCGAUGACGAGCUUGAAUCGGCGCUCAAGGAAUGGGCCAAGGAUCCGAAAUGUCCGAAUCUGAGCCUCCUUACCAAGAGCGUGCUCUCGUCACGAUCUCUGGAUAACAUGGCAUUGAAUUCAGGCGAGAGAUUUUCCGACCUGGCUGAGCGAGAUGCCCCUCAUACGAUGCCUGAUGCAGUUGUGGUCGCAUUGGUCUUCCAGAGAAUAAUGACAGCUCCCGAAGGCUCCCGAAGCGUCAGGGAUCUCCAGAGCCUGGUAGACAGGUAUAUCACGCCAGUAGUUCCUCACAUUACCGGUGCCUACCUUGUUGGAAUACUAUGGGACCUCAGGGAUAAGCUCGAGACGACGCUGAUGACAGCCUGGGCCUUUAUUUGUAAUAUUGGCGCUGAGGAGGAGGAGGCCAAAAAGAAUAAUGGGCAACACAUCGGGAGGUUGAAUAGUGAGCUCGUCUGCCACAUACCGUCUCUCGAUACGUACGAUCCAGGGUCGCUGGAAGACCCUCGCGACCAGUCUGAUGAUGAUUUUAUCUCAGAUUUCUUCGGUCCGUCUGGUCCUCUUAGUCCUCUCGGAAACUUAGGAUUCCCUUUUAAUGAAAUGGGAUGGUCAUCUGAAUGGAAUGAGGAUGAUAGCCUUGAGAAGAGGGGAAUUGGCAAGGCACGUCGCUUCAAGCCUCAGUGUCCUGAUAAGAGCACUUGGACAAUGAAAUCAGAGACGUACAUCAACGGAGACAAGGGAGAGGCGUUGGCCAAGAAAACCGGCGACGACAAGAUGUUUUAUGUUAAGGACAAUCGAGGUGGAGACUGUAUUUCUGCAACCGUCGAGGACGACGGCAAACCAAACGAUGGAAAGAAAUGGGUCUCUGAGCAUAUUCUAGAGCUUCAAACCGUUCCAAUGUUUAUCGAGUACUCGAUGGGUGUCCACAACAAACUCAUGAACAAACCAGGCCCUUCUAACCUUGGCAUCGAGGUACCAGACAACCCUACCAGCUCUGCCAACAUGCCACCUUGUUCCAUGUGGAAGACUGCUUUUAUGGACGGCUUUCCUGCUUGGGAUGCUCAACAUAAAGAAACACCACGGGAGACCUUGUUCACGAUUCUUGGCUCAACUACCAACGCCAAACAUAUGGUCAACACCGAGUCCAAGCUCAACGGCCUCAAGGCAAAGAUUUGGGAUUUCAAUGAACCCAUAUCGGACGGAAAUUGGAGGAAAAGGUAUGCCGGCAUCACCAGACUAGCUUCCACACACGCCUUUGAACAGCUUCAAGUGAUCGAGCAAGUAUUUGGCUACCUCUUGAAACCAGGAGUGAACGAGAAGCUUGUCGAUACAUAUGACGAUGUGAAACUCUUCCUGAAGGAGUUUGAGGUGCUGUACAGAAAGGAGUAUCCCAAAACUCCGGUUUUGGGUCUCGACAAGCUAUGGACUACAUUCAUGAGGGAUUUAACCACCAAGAUGAAGGCUUGGACUAAAAAGUGGCUAAUAUAUCGUGCUCAACAAAUGGCCGAUGCGUGGGCGGCUGAGGCCAGCCGCAGGUUAGCGAUGAUUGCCGGUGCCAAUGGGAAUCCGGUGGCAGCUGCUGGGAUUCUGAACUACGCACAAGAAGCACUGACGAUCCUGGACAAAGCCACAGAGCAUGUGAACAAACACGGGGUUGCGAUUGAUAAAUUUAGGCCCAACGAUGUCUUCAAAUGA